AUGGACGAACCUUCUACCAGUUCCGAUUUGUGCAAGAAAUUAUCGUAUUCCAUACAUUCUUAUUCGAGUUACUUGCCGACUUACGUACCAGAAAAUAUUUUACAUGAUAAUCAGGAAGAUCAAAGUUCUAGAUGGUCUUCGAUGUCCAAUAGUCCACCUCAAUAUUUAAUCUUGAAGCUACAAAAUACUUCCAUUGUAAAGUACAUAAAAUUUGGCAAAUAUGAACGACCGCAUGUAUGUAAUUUAAAAAGAUUCAAAGUUUACGGUGGACUAGGAGAAGAUACAAAAAUUGAAUUGCUCUAUAGUGGCCUCAACAACAAUAGUGACUUAGAAAUAUUUAACUUACGUCACACUCUUGAUAAUAAUUCAAUGAUACCUGUAAGAUAUAUCAGAUUGGAACCUCUUGAAUCCUGGGGUUCAAAUUUCAAUUAUAGUCUUUGGUAUGUCGAGCUACUUGGCAUUGAUGACUCUCAUAUUGUAUCCAGUGAAAUCACUAGAUUCUAUCAAUUUCGAGAAGAAACGAUAAUUCGACUGUGUCUUAAACAUUUUCGUCAAAAACACUAUGACCUAGCUGCCAAUGUUCUCUUGCAGAGUUCUCAUAUAACAUUAGAACAUCCUUUUUUAUCACAACUAUAUGAUACAAUAGUUACACAGGGAAAUUAUGAGAUGGCUGAGACUUCAAUGGAUCAAGCAAUAAAUGAUGGCUUUUUAGAAAGUUUUAUGAAAAGGCAAAGUUUCAAACCUAUUUGGAAUUUAGUUAAAGAACACGAUAAUCCAGGUAAAAGAAGGCCAUGUAUGCGUGGAGGUCAUCAAAUGUGUAUUGAUUCAACCAAUGGAAUGAUAUAUCUGCUUGGCGGAUGGGACGGACAUAAGGAUUUGUCCGAUUUAUGGUGCUUUACUAUCUCCACUAGUACAUGGCGUUGUAUUUCAAUCAAUGUAGAAGAACAUGGUGGACCAAGUCCACGAUCAUGUCAUAAGAUAUGUAUUGACAUGGAAAGGAAGCAAAUUUUUGUUUUAGGAAGAUUUUAUGAAGUUCAAUCAUUUAUUGGUGAUUACCCUCAGAGUGAUUUUUAUGUCUAUGACAUUGAACAAAGUCAAUGGACUUUAAUAUGUGCUGACACAAAUAUAAUGGGUGGACCCAAGUUAUUGUUUGACCACCAAAUGGUUAUGGAUUCUAUAUCAUCGACUAUUUAUGUAUUUGGCGGUAGGGUGGUAGCGUCUUCUACUAGAUGCAGUUCUGAUGAAACUCAUAAAAACAAUCCAGAUUUUUCAGGUUUUUACAAAUAUCAUGUUCCAACCAAUACAUGGACAUGUAUUUUACCGGACACAUUCCACGAAAUCAAAGUCCAAGAUGGACUUUUAACACAUAACCCACAAACAGUAGCAUCGCGUGGAGGACAUUCCAUAUUAUUACAUUCAAAAAUGAGACGGAUAUAUAUAUUUGGUGGUCAACGGCAAAGAUGGGCCCAAAAAUGUCCAGAAUUCUUAUGGUAUGAUAUUGAAACAGGGGUAACACAAGCAAUGCCAAUGCCAUCAACUGUUGAUAAGCCACCUAUGGGGUAUACACAGCGCGCUACAAUCGACAUGGAUCAUGAUGAAAUAUAUGUUUUAUCUAGUCUAAGUAAAGACAAGGAUCGCAGAGAGGAUAAAGUUCAAAAUGCAUUCUGGGUGUAUUUCAUCAAACAAAAUAAAUGGAUCUGUAUCUACAAAAAUCAUAAUUCUGAUGAACAAUAUUGGAAUAGAAUGCAACACUUAGAACCAUGUCCUCGUUUUGCUUACCAGUUGGUAUAUGAUCAAAAGAAUAAGACACACUAUUUGUUUGGUGGUAAUCCUGGAAGAUCUGAUGCUCAAAAUUUAAGACUAGAUGAUUUUUGGGAACUCAAAGUUUAUAGAUGCACUAACACAGAACUCAGCAGCCAGUGCAAACUGUUGAUUAGAAAGUUCAAGUUUCAAGAAAUUAAAAAAAAAGAUAAAGUAGCUGCCAUGCAAUUUUUACAAACAUCUGUAUCAGAACUGAUCGAUCAUUCCGACAUGGAGCAAACUCGAGAAUUUCAGGGAACUGCAGCUCUAUUGUUUAAAGAUGAUAACCAAACUGGUGAUUUCAGUGAACAAAUACACAAAUGGCGUUGUAGUUUGUUUGAUAAAUUAUGUGAAUUUUUUCCUAAUUCAAUGGUACAGCCCAAAGAAAGUUUAGUUGAUUUGAUUCCCUUAUAA